GUAUUUCUUAUAUUUUGUCAGUAUAUGUUUGAAGCUGAAAAAGACAUGACUGCAAUUCAAUUAAAUGAGCUAGUUUUCGGAGAGAAAAUUGGAGGAGGCUGGUAUGGUCUUAUCCGGAAGGGAACAUAUAAUGGCAACGUGGUAGCUAUUAAAACCAUUCAAGGGAAUAUUGAAACGAAGGAUAUUCAACGCGAAAUCAAGUACUGGUCGAUGAUGGAACACAAGAACAUCAUUCCAUUAUUUGGGGCAGCGAUCGACAAAAAUGAGAUCCACUUGGUUAUGGAAUAUGCAGAAGGCGGAACCCUGGGGUACUUCUUGCAUGAGAGCGAUACACCAUAUACACUUGCAGAAGGUAUAAGCUGGUUACGUCAGGCUGCGGAGGCACUCGCUUGUCUACAUGGGCAAUCAGAGCAAUCAGUGGUUCAUCGUGAUGUGAAGCCCUUCAAUAUGUUGCUAGACGGCACUAGAAGCACGUUGAAAAUUUGCGAUUUUGGGUUUGUUAGAAAUGUGCAAUCCCAAAUGACAAAUCUAAAGGGAACUUGCUUGUAUAUUGCACCCGAGAUUUUCAAUGGUAAGCGAUACACUGAGAAAUGUGAUGUGUAUAGCAUGGGCAUUACAAUCUGGGAAGUUCUGUCGCGUAAAGUGCCGUACUAUGAAAAAGAUGAUCUUGGAAAUGUUCAACUCUUAAGGCUAAUCGAUGACGAUCUACGGCCAUCUCUAAAUGAUUUAAUUUUUGAGUGUCCCGAACAAAUAAAAACUCUGAUGCUAGAAUGCUGGGAUCGUAACCCCGAUAAGCGUCCCUCCAUGAAGAGUAUUGUGGACAUCUUGACAUCAAAUGAAUAAUAUUUAAUUUUAUUUUAUUUUGAUUAAAAGCGAACAAAUUAUUACUUCAUUAUUCUCGACCUUGUUGCCUGGCCUGAGAUGUGGCCAAGUUACAUAAACACACGGCCCGCCCCAUCUCAGCUCAUAACGAAAUAAAUUUAAAAUGACUUCUUUCAGUCUAAUUGAUCAAUGUACAUAACAAA